CACUUAAUUUUCCUCAUUUGCCAAGUGCAUAUUAUUUGUUGCCCUUUUGUGAGCAUCAGGUGUAUGCCUGUGCAGAGGUGGAUUCCAAAUCAUCUAUUUUCGAUAAAGUGGUGCAGGUGGACUUUUGAGGGUCCGCAUUUCUCACUGUUCACCAUUUCUCCACAUGCGGUUCGGAGCUCUGAGGAAAAGGGUUUCUGGAAGUGGAUUGUCGAGAAAUGGGUCCUGUCUUGGUGGAGCUCGCGAUUUCUGGAGCUUGAAUUGGCGAAGUGGGUUCAUCGCGAAUUGCGGGAGAAUACUCCCUUGGCGUGCGUGAGUUGGAAAAAUUGUCGUCUUUUGCAGGUGGGUUUGGUUGGAUUCAAUCGGAGGUGUGGUGGAUAGGGAUGAAGACGAGAGGAGCUAUGGGGGAGUGGAGAGUGGCACUGGUGGCACUUCUUACCGUUCUAAGGUUUGCGGAGUUGUGGCAGCAAGCGUCGGCUGAAGAUUGUUUCUGGGAUAGCAGAUGUCAGAACCUCUGGAUGGGAGGUUGUGGUAAUGGCUAUGUGGCAGUCCAAACCUCUAACGACUGCCAGGGCCUCUGUGCAGUACAGCAGUAUGAAGCGUGUCCUCUUUUCUUCACACGUUUCCAGUGUUGCAGAGAAGGUAGAGCAAGACUAAGCAGUACCUGCAGUAAGUGCCCGAAUAAAAAAGAUAUAGGUAGUGAUUGGAUCUGCUGUAGUGACUGCUCCGAGCCCUUCAUCACUGAAGCGAAGAGCAAAUUUGGCUACUGUCAGACGGAUGCUUAUCUAAGCGUCCAGCCAAAACCCCGGGAGUUAUUCAAGUGGCAUGCUCGUAGCUGGACGACUUGCUCCGGUAAAUGCAAGAAAGCCAAACGAACCAGGGAAAUCCAGUGCCUUCGGUACAUGGAGAAUGAUCCCCAUUUGGUUGAAGUUGUGGAGAAUGAUAAAUGCCCGAAUUCUGCUAAGCCUUCACACAAAGAACGAUGCAUUCCUCGUGGUUGCAAGGGUUCCAGUCAUCACAAGCGUCGAAAGCUGCCAGCCUGGGCAAUCGUGUUGAUCAGCUUGACAUGCCUCACAGUCGUCGGAGGUCUGGCUUUCGCUGGUUUCAUAAUCUACAGAAGACGAAACGAUUCUAGUAAUCAUGGGUUUGUGUAUGUCAUGCUGGAUAACUACUGAUGGCAACAAAUAACCAUCCUCUUCGUAACUUUUGAACCUCACCAUUGGUAACUGCUUCGUAUUCUAGUGCAAAUUAGUGUCAGGAGUGCUAGGGUUGGUUGUGUAUAAUUUCAGUCAACUGUAAGCGAGGAGGUUCUUCUUCCUUUCAUGAACUACCAACUUUCCUGGGAAGACUUCAAUUGCUUUGAGUUGCAAGGAGAAAGAAUGCUUCUUGGAAGUGCUCUAAUAGUGUGUAAAUUUUCCAUAAUUGGCCAAUUUUUUUAAAGGAUUUACCAUUUUAUCAAAA